AUGAUACAUCGGAAAACUCUCUUGAUCAUUCUGAUAUUGAUUGGCUCCGCGAGCACGAAGGAAGUCGAAUGCGCGGUGAAGUUCAUUGCGAAGAUUACCAAGAUUUGCACGUAUGGAAUUGCGGAGGAAAGUGAGUAGUUUGAUUCCAACUGGUAACGGUUUUUCAAACGUUCAGAGAUCCCAAUCCUCCUGUCAAAGUGCUGCUCAACCCACUGCUCGAAGGCACAUCUCAAAAUGUUUUGUACAAUGAAAAAGCACACGAAUUCGUCUUGA